AUGGAGCCCUCCAAGCAGACUCAGCACGGCUCCGGCGAGAAGAAGGACGCGGGGGACGGCGGCUCCGUGGUGAACGGGCACUUCGACGGGCCGGUGAAGCGGCCGGCCGCCGGCGGCGCUGCGCAGGCUCCGGGCGCGGAGAGCUGGAGGGAGGAGCGCACCCGCAGCGUGGAGGACAACGAGAUGAGUCUCCCGUCCCUGGCCGCCGCCUACACCACCAUCCUGCGGGGGCUGGGCGAGGACCCGCAGCGGCAGGGGCUCCUCAAGACCCCCUGGAGAGCCGCCACCGCCAUGCAGUUCUUCACCAAGGGCUACCAGGAGAAAAUUAUAGACGUGCUGAACGACGCCAUCUUCGACGAAGACCACGACGAGAUGGUGAUCGUCAAAGACAUCGACAUGUUCUCCAUGUGUGAGCAUCACCUGGUGCCCAUCUUCGGCAGGGUUCACAUCGGUUACCUCCCCAACAAGAGAGUCCUCGGCCUCAGCAAGCUGGCCAGGAUUGUUGAAAUCUACAGUCGGCGACUACAAGUUCAGGAGAGGUUGACCAAACAGAUCGCCGUGGCGAUCACCGAGGCCCUGCAGCCCACCGGGGUGGGCGUGGUCAUCGAGGCAACUCACAUGUGCAUGGUGAUGCGUGGCGUUCAGAAGAUGAACAGUAAAACCGUCACCAGCACCAUGUUGGGAGUUUUCAGAGAAGAUCCAAAAACCCGAGACGAGUUUCUGACGCUGAUCCGGAGCUGAGGAGGAUGAAGCUCCUCCUCCUCCUCCUCCUCCUGUUGCCUGGGUUACCUCCACCUGCACGGACCAGCCAUCCUGCUAAAUGUGUGUGUGUGUGUGUGUGUGUGUGUGUGUGUGUGUGUGUGUGUGUGUUUGUAUGUGUGUGUGUCCACUGGUUUUACACGGUCAGAUCUGGUCAAACGUUACUGGACAGUUUGUCAGAGGUUGAGGACUUGUUGUUUACUUUCAGGCCACAGGACUUUAGCCCUUUUGUCCACGUGUGUGUGUGUGUGUGUGUGUGUGUGUGUGUGUGUGUGUGUGUGUGUGUGUGUGUGUGUGUGUGUGUGUGUGUGUGUGUGUGUGUGUGUGUGUGUGUGUGUGUGUGUGUGUGUGUGUGUGUGUCAGUCAAUCAGUUAUCAACCUCGUAACAAACCAAGAGUUUAGAGGAAAAAAGAUCCACCAUGAAACGUCAGGUCAGGGACGCUGGUCAGUUUGUGUAAAAACAAAAUCACCUCUGAGAUUAUUUUCAUUUACAGCAAACAUUAAAAUGAGCUUUUCUUUAAAUGCACAUGAACUUAAAACAACGUUAGAUAUUAAUCGCUGGUUUUAUUCACCUCAAAAAUCAACAAAAUGUUUCAUCUGCUCAGACAAAGAAACAUUUUUUUUAAUGAUUUGUUUUGUUUCAAAUUCAAAGUCUUUCAGUUUUCCGACAUUUCACAGAUCAAAUGACAAAUCGGGGAUUUGUUUCAUAAACACGCGUCCAGACAGUCGAUUAAUAAAGUUUUGUUGGAAAGAAAGAAAAACUGGUUAGUUUUUCCAGAAUUAGCGUUAACUUUUCUUUUACAAACAAACAUUGUUUACUCAGUCUUGUUUAGAUCGUAAACAAAGAUGGACGACGUGUCUCCACUUCCUCCAGAAAUGAAGCCAAACACAACUCGGAUGACGAAUGUCGCCAUUUUGUAUCGAUGACAUCACUUGCAGUCAGAGUCAGUGCAUUCGUGAUAAUGGUAACGAUGCCCCGCCCAUACAUGCUCUUAACCAAUCAGGAGUCAGCCUCAGCUGUCAAUCAUGACGUCUCAGCCGGGGUUUUUUUUACCAUUAAACAAACAUCAGUGUGAUAAGAAAAUGACAGAAAGCAACUUCGACAAACUUUUAUUUGACUUUUUUGUUUGGUCCCAUCUACUAACACGGAGGAGACAGUGUUUAUGAGCUAUGCUGCAGCCGACCACCAGGGGGUGACCUUUUGGGAGCCGUCAUGUCAUCCAUCUUGAUUUUCAGUCUGUGGUUAAACGUCAGUUGAUUUAAAACUCGAACUGAUUCCAUGAAGCAGCUUCAUCUGAAAACGACACCAGAUAUUUGUAUUAUGAUGAUGAUACAUAUUAAUGUUAUCCUCUCCGUCCUGCGUGAAGAUCUUUGUGCCAACUCGCCUCUCGAUUCAAACCAAAAAACGACUUCACGGUGACGCUGCAGACUCAGAAGCUUAAGAUUCCACGAGAGGAAAAUGAAAAGUGUAAAAUUAAACGUGUGUGUGUGUUUUCUUCUUUACAGUUGUCGUCCCAGCAGAUGAACACUGUGGACAUGUGUGUGUGUCUUUGUGCUUUUUUAAAUCUCCGUGCGUCAUAAUGUCCCCACACAGAUUUUGGAAGGUUUUAACUGGAGUUGUGUGUCUGUGUGUCUGUGUGUGUGUGUGUGUGUGUCUGAGGGAAGAUGUUGUUGUAUCCGUGGCCUUGUUGAGAAGGUCGGCCUGUUUCUUUGGCCCCUUCACCAUCAUUGUCACUUUAUGUACUGUGUUGAUUUCAAAGACUUUUUAAUCAAAGAAAAUAAAUUGACUGUCUGUGA